AUGUAUGACCUCAAUCUUCCCCAGGAUGUCUUGUUCUAUAUUUGUGAGGAGCUGGCAAAUCUCCAAGACUUCGGGACUCUCUUCAACUGCGCACGAACAGGAAGCUCUCUGGCUGGCAUAGCUCUGGGAUGGCUAUAUAAAAUCCAUCACCUAUCACCAGUAAUCAGCAGCGAAGGCAACGAUGCCGAAUUGACGAAGAAUCAAGGCCUCGAAUAUGAUGCUCAGGUUUCCAAGCAAAGGAAUAUGGUAGCAAAAUGGGCUUUACAGUGGAAGUCGGUCAUCCGCUCAUGUCUCGGCCAAACAUUAUAUCCGUAUGGUCUUUACAUUCGAGUCCUCGACCUCUCGAACCUUUCGGAUCUUCUCGAUGAUACCUCGUUUCGAGAUCAGUUGCAGCGGGACUUCUUUGCUGGUGACAUGGCCCAAUUUCUAAAGGCUCAAGAGACCCCGGUCAAGAGAAAGACAAGAAAAGAACCCAAAUCUGUGUACAACCGGCUUACUAUUCCGCUCAUCCUUGAGGCUGUGGGGGAAUCUAUCACCAGCUAUGUCACCGAAUCUGCAAGUCAAAGCCACUCUACAGUAGCCCUUGAGGAUCUGUCUGGUGAUAUAAAUACAACUUCACUGUCACAAUGGACCGGUAGAUUGUCCAAGUUAAAAUCUUUGACUAUAUGGGACGGAGGGGCUUUAACCGCAAAUGUAGCUACAUCUAUUGCCAACAAUUGUUUUGAAUUCGACGACCUGUCGGUCUAUAAAGUUGGGGACGAUGACGAUUCAAGCCUUGCCUCAUUUUUUAGCGCCCUGAGGCCGAACACGCUUCGGUCGUUUACCGCUCAAACGGCUGAUGGAGUCGGCCCUGAAACCCUUCUUGCCCUAAACCACCAUUGCGGCUCUCUGAAGACUUUGAAGCUUCAUGGUGUCAAGCCUAAUGGUAUCAAAAAUCUUAACCACCUCCAAGGAUGCAAUUUCUUAGAAACUCUCGACCUCACUGCUGAUAGGCAGGCGGGAUUCAUCGAUUUGAAGGCUACUGAGAAUGAUGUUUACCUGGAAGUUAUCGCCUGGCUUAGAAAGUGCGAGCAGCUCCGCGAACUCCUGUUACAAGGCCUAAAUACUGCUCCAUCAAUUCUAACUGAAGUUUGUCUCUCCAACAACACCAAGCUCCAGAAACUAGUCGUAACUGGGUACCCAGUGAUCGACAACCAAGACUUUCACAGGGCACUGUCGCAUCAAACGUCUUUGGAGCAUCUGGAGCUGAAGGCAGAUGCUGAAGGAGGUUUCCGAGACGAUAUUGAUAUACUCAUUCAAUCGAUAACCAAAUUGCCAAAGCUAAAGCAUCUCAACUUGGUACCCACCUCCGAAUACUUCCGGCCUCCGGAUAUCAUAAACCUAGCACGUCACAUGAGAAAUUUAGAAGAGCUUUGGUUCAUGGGUUACGAUGUUGACGACAGCAUAUGGUAUUCUAUUUCGAGUCUUCGUCAACUACGGGUUCUCAAUAUCCUUUCUCUCUCCUCAUUCACACUUGACGGCAUUCUAGCCUUCAUAGCGCAGCUACAACCAGACACCAAUCAUGGCCUGCUCUUGGCAGUGAUGAACCAGAACCCUGUCCACGCCUUCACCGAUAUUGAGCAAGGCAUCAUUCGACAGGCGAUUGAGGAAAAGGUCAAUGGCACUUUUGAAUUUGUACUAUUCAGAGAGGAGGAUUCUGCUUCCGAGGAACUUUCUGAUUAG